CUGGAACAGAAGCAGAAGCGUUGUAACAGCGUGACGUGCAUCCCAGAGGUUUCUUCGUGACUUCCCGUGUCCCUGUGUGUGCGUGUGAGAGUGUUUUUUUAAUUUGUCGCUUGAGAUACAACCGCCGUGCGGAAUUAUUCCAACAUGAGUUACUCAGACGUUGUUCAACAGCUGCGAGCUUCAUUCAACAGUGGCAAGACACGAAACGUGGAGUUCAGGAUCAAACAGCUCCAAGCGCUGCAGCGAUGCUACGAGGAAAACACCGCCGAAAUGGCGAAUGUUUUGGCCUCGGAUCUGCGAAAGCACAAACAGGAAGCGCACCUGCUGGAGAUCGAGUUCAUCCUGAAUGACCUGCGCAACACGCUGUACAACCUGCGCGACUGGGUGAAGCCGGAGAAGCCGGACAAAAGCCUGGUCAACAUGAUGGACGGCGUGUACAUCUACAAGGACCCGUUCGGUGUAGUGCUGGUCAUCGGUGCCUGGAACUAUCCGUUGCAGCUUACGCUGGUGCCGGUGGCAGCGGCCAUAGCCGCCGGAAACUGCGUCGUCAUUAAACCGAGCGAGGUGGCCCCUGCGUCGGCGAAAUUCAUUGCCGAAAUGCUGCCAAAGUAUUUGGACGCGGACUGCUAUCGCGUGGUGACGGGUGGACCGAAGGAAACGUCCGAGUUGCUGAAGGAAAAGUUCGACUAUGUGUUCUACACCGGUUCGGGUCGGGUGGGUAAAAUCAUCCACCAGGCGUGCAGCGAAAACCUGACUCCCUGUACACUAGAGCUCGGCGGCAAGAGUCCAUGCUAUCUGGACGGUACGGCGAACAUUGCCGUCGCAACGCGGCGCAUCUUGUGGGGCAAGUUUAUCAACGCUGGCCAGACGUGCAUAGCGCCCGACUAUGUGCUGUGCAGCAAGCAGGUACAGAAGCAGUUCCUCGAAGAGGCCCGCAAGGUGCUGAAUGAGUGGUACGGUGCAAACCCGAAAGACAGUCCCGAUUUGUGCCGCAUCAUUAACCAGAACCACUUUCAACGACUUACAUCACUACUGAAGGGUGCUAAUGUGGCGAUUGGUGGCGAAACAGAUCUGCAAGAUCGCUACAUUGCGCCGACGAUCUUGGUCGAUGUGAAGUCCACCGAUCCGGUGAUGCAGGACGAAAUCUUUGGACCUAUCCUGCCCAUCUUAAACGUGGACAAUGCUUACGAUGCUAUUAAGUUUAUCAACUCCAGAUCACCGCCCCUUGUCAUGUACAUUUUCACGCUAGACACCAAAAUUCAAGAACUUUUCGUAAACGGUACUCGAUCGGGCAGUAUGUGCCUGAACGAUACGAUCAUGCAGUAUGCCGUUGAAUCAUUGCCGUUCGGUGGUGUUGGGCCAAGCGGCAUGGGUUCCUAUCACGGCAAAUACUCGUUCGACACGUUCGUACACAAAAAGUCCUGCCUGACGAAGGACUUUAAUCCGAUCGGUGAGAAACUGGCCGCCUCCCGGUAUCCACCGUACUCGGAAAGUAAGCUGUCCUUCCUGAGCACCCUGCUGAAGAAGCGUCAGGGAAUUAACACUGCCUUUUUGCCAUAUCUACUGAUGUUCGGCAUCGGCGUUGCAUCGACUCUCCUAGUGAGCACUAUCCUCAAGGAUGACGACUAAACCUCACUAAAAUGCAGGCACUGCAGCAAGACUACAAAGUUUGUAAGAAGCGUUAAUUAUUCCUGAUACAACCAAGGAAUAACUAGAGUGAACGGGAAAGAAGUGGAUCGGUACACCCAGAAAAUAGCGCACGUGGUGGCGCAGCAAUAGUCGUGUUUUGUUCACUUUUUUAAACUAAGUUUUAAGAACAUUAUUUCAUUUCGACACAAAUGUGAUGGGCUUUUUCCUGCACCUCUUCCAGCCGGUAUCUGGGUUUGGUGAUGAGAAGAUGAAGGAUAAAAAAUAGAUUUAUUAAAGACAAACAAGAUUAGGAAAAAAGUGUCAUGUUUUUAACAGGUGAUAGCUGUAAUACGAAAGUGCACGUUACGAAAUAGACCAGCAUGACCUAAUUUUUUGCUAGGAUAUAAGUUUUAAAACAAUCGAGAAAUCCUCGAUCAGACAUCCUCGUAAAGUACAGGUAAAAAUGCAUCGUUUUGGAACGUUUCAUUGAUGGUAAUAUGCAAUAAACAUUUUGGUGAUUCAUGAA